AAUAUAUAUAUAUUAGGCAAUGCAAUAAUCAUUUGAGCGAUUUUCAUAUUCAACCGAUCAAUUCAAGACGGACCUGACUGCCGGCUGGACGGCCUACGUGACACGCAAUGGGAGUAUGAAGUUGCAUCACGGUCUUGUUACUUGCCUUAGUUUUCGGCCUUACAAGCUCACGGUACCCUUACCGCAGUCUUGUUACGGACUGGAUAAACAGUGCAGAUCACGAACGAUACUGUUCGGAUAGUGGUAUAGUAUAGACACGUACUGUAUCAUUGCUGCACUUGCACCAGUUUCAACUCGCUGUAGAGAACUCCGUCAAGCUUUGAAAGGAGAAAAUGGUAUAUCAUUUCUGGUACAUACUACUACUACAGGCUUCAUCACGAGAGUUUCACCAACUCCGACAAAGAAGAAGUACUUGUACUCAUGUCUCGACCAUUAUCAACAAGUACAGUCAUCUCCAUUGAUCAUCAUCAGGGAAGCAAGAGUCAAAGGCCUGCAUUUUACCUUCGUUUCAUCACCCUUUUCUUCAGUCCUAGAACUGCACAAGCAGCCUAUGAUUUGCUUCGAUACGGACUUCGUGUUGGUGUCACCAUGACCCUUAUUGGAGGAUACCAUCGGAUGUUUGUUGUACUGACUAUCUGUUGUUUGAUAUUGGGUGAUUGAAUUGUAAUAUAUAUGUUGUAAAAUGUCUAAUCUGGGGAAGAUGACUACAGCAAGACUGAUUUUGAAUUCAGGAAUGCCAAGGAAGGCAAGUAACAGGCUAUCAGACAUCAUGAUCUGCCCAUCCAAGAUGCUGUUGGCUCCCCACAUGCAAUGUGGAUCUCCUGUACAGAAAAUGACAUUAAGCCUGUUUGCCAACAAUAAGCAAAGUGGACUCAGUUUUGGGAGAAAGAUAUUGGAGUGUAAUAUCAGAUUGAAAGUACAAAAUAGCUUCAGAUCUUCGCUGUUUUGCAGACAGAGCAGGGGGUUUCAUACCACAAGACCCAUGCAUGCACCUCAACUGGCUAUUGUUAAAAUCAUUGUGCGGGUUGUAGGCCACUUUUUGGGAUGGCUUUCAAGGAAAGUCUGGGUAAAAUUGGACCAAGGGACCAAAAAGGUUUUAUGUGGAUUGCUCAUCUUCAUUCUAUUUUUGGGUACUACAUUCAUGUGGUAUCAUGUCAAAGUAGAUCCCAGCACAGGCGAGUGGACUGUCAAGCUGUUGACUGAUACACAGCUCAUGGAAAUUGCAAAAGAAGAAUCCUAUAGGGAACAAUUAAGGCUCGGAGAUCAGAUUCUUCCACAAGACCACCCAUACACACAGGUGGUAAGGCAGACUGUUCUUACUCUUUUGAAUGGGAAUGAAGAAUUGCAGGGAUUACAUAAGUGGAGGAUAGCUGUCGUUGAUGACGAUGAGAAUAUUAAUGCUUUUGUUUUGCCUAAUGGUGAUAUUUAUGUCUUUACUGGUCUGCUGAAGUCUGCACACAAUAUUGAUCAACUGGCUGUAGUUCUUGCACAUGAGCUGGCUCACUGUGUGUUGGGGCAUGGGAGUCUGAAGUUGAACCAACAUGCAUUUUGGGAAAUUAUCACCUUGUGUUUUCUGGUUUUCUGCUGGUUAUUUAUUGGCCCAUUUCAAGUGGCUUUUGUCACCCAGUAUUUCUUUGAUAAAGCCACUGAGGCCAUGUUUCAUAUGCCUUACAGCAGGAAACUAGAGUUUGAGGCAGACAAUAAAGGUUUGCAGCUGGCUGCUAAGGCCUGUUUUGAUGUCAGAGAAAGCAGUGUAUUCUGGAACAUGAUGCACAUGAAGGAUUUGGAGACAGGGAAUGUUAUGGAUAUUCUCUCCACACAUCCCAGGAGUGAUGAACGUGCGGACAAACUAGAUGAUUUGGUUCCACAGGCUCUCGAACUCCGAACUUCAUGUAAUUGCCCCACCCUGAGAGGAAAAGAUCCACGUGCCUUCAUGAAAGCACUGAGACUGGAGGCAGUGGAACAAGCAAACCAGUCCCGGAACAAUAGUAAUGAGUCUUGUGAUGGUAACCCAGCAGUGGGAGGAUUGAGGGAGCAGAAAGUAUAUGUUAGUUAUAUAAAGGAAAACAAAUCAGACAAUAAGCAAAGUGCUGUGAAGGCAGCAACACGCUGUGAUGUACCCUGUGAUACUGUUACUGAUGAUCUUAAGGGUGGAGGAGAGGUACCUGAGGAUGUUAAAAACACCAUUUUUGCAAAUGCUAAUGUAGCAGAAAAUGCUCUUAGAGAUGAAGAAGUUUUUAACACCACCAAAGCUCCAGUGGAUAGGUCCAAGGUUGCUAGUGCUGAUAAGAAUAUGAUUGCUGUAACUGCCAAAAUGACUGACAAUGCCAACGUGCAUAAUGAUAUUACUGCAGAAGACGAUGAUAAACAUGGGUUUAUUAAAUUCCCUUCUGAGGUAACAAACACUGAGAAGUCUAACACCCAGUCUAAUACUGAGAAGCUAUGUAGUGAAAAUAUGCCUGUAUUUUCUCCACAAAAUGCAGACAGUGAGAAGAUUGGACAUAAGAUUGAGGGUGGUGAGAUGACCUCUCUGGCAAACAGUACAGACUCUAAAGUAAAGAUGCCUCACAUUGCGUGCAAUAUGGGUAUUUAAGACAUACUACUUCUACAUUGGAAGUAUGCGUGGUUGUGAAAUGAAAAAAAGUCUUAUUUAUAUUUUAGCCACUUUGAUGUGCAAACUCGGGGUGAAAUUUCUAUCUGUUAAAUAAACUGCAAUUUAUUUGAAUUUUGGAUCAGCCUCAUCACCUCAAACUCCCAAUAUAAUAUACUCUUAGGACAAGAUGUAUGCAACUUUAGCCUAUGAUGUGUUAAAAUAGAUUUCUAAGGGCCAGUGGGAAGAUACAUUUUAAAUUUACCAUGUUUUUUACCCUGAAUAAAUAAAUAAGUCAAUAGAUAAAGGUAGAGUGAAUGUUGUUAGUCAUCCAGUAGAAUAAGAAUGAUAAAUACAAAUAACUUUGAUAUUGGAACUGAAGUUGCCGGCUCAACCAGAGACCUUUCACUAGGUAAAUAGCCUGGAUGGACUGGUCAGCUAUCUAUUGUCAUACGGCUAGGAAUAGUCUCCAGUGCCUCAUCCCAUAUAUGUGAGAGGUAAAACCCCGAGGCCUCCUUGUUCAGAGUUGGAUUUUCCGCCUGUUCCCAGAUAGCUUCUUUGAUGCCAAACUUUGAACAAAAGUUUGUAUCUUGUGGUAUGCUCAUGAAAUUUAUAUGUAUAAAAGUGUGCAUUAUAUUUGAAUUUGGUCUAAAUUGAUUAUGGAUAUUUACUUUUUAGAUCAGAUAUUAUUAUAACUUAAGAUCUAAAGACUCAAAACCAACUUAAAACUGAAAGAGAAUGAAAAAAAGUUAAUAUUAACAGAACUGUUUGGGGUGCAUUGGAAUGAGCUUUUUACUAGGUUUAAUUAUUUGCAAUAUAACAACAUAGAAAAAAAUAAGUAAUAAGUCUGAUUUUUUUGUAUUAAUGUGUUAUGAGGAACUUUCAUGAGCUC